AUGAACUCGCUAUUGUUGAAUGAGGCAAUUAAGUUACGCCAUCUCGAGCAUCAGACUAGUGUGAUCUCCGAACUGCAACAGGUUGCCCUGUCCGAGGCUGGAUCAGCUGAGGACUCGGUCGAGAAGCAACACCGUCUUGAGGAGGAGCUGUCCGAGGCACGAACACGCGAGCUGGAUUUGCAACACUUAAUUGGCGAAUUCGAUGCCCAAAAGGCUCGUUUACUGGCCUCGAAAGAGGAAGCAGAAAAAAGAGUAUGUUUCUGA